CGCGGCACAGUUCCGGUUGAGACCUUUCCGGGCCGGCGCGCACGGGCCUCGUCUUUUUUCUGUGUGUCCCGAGCAGCGUUCCCGGUCUGUGGGUCCUAGGAUCAAACUGGGGUUAUCAGGACUGCAUCAUGGAGGCGCGUUUCACACGCGGGAAGUCGGCGCUCCUAGAGCGCGCACUGGUGCGGCCCCGCACUGAGGUGAGCCUGAGCGCCUUCGCCCUUCUCUUCUCCGAGCUGGUGCAGCACUGUCAGAGCCGCGUUUUCUCUGUGGCAGAGCUCCAGGCACGCUUGGCUGCCCUGGGCCGCCAGGUGGGCGCCCGAGUCCUAGAUGCCCUGGUGGCCCGUGAAAAGGGUGCUCGGCGUGAGACCAAGGUGCUGGGUGCGCUGCUGUUCGUCAAGGGUGCGGUGUGGAAGGCACUGUUCGGCAAGGAGGCGGACAAGCUGGAGCAGGCCAACGACGACGCCCGCACUUUCUACAUCAUUGAGAGGGAGCCUCUCAUUAACACCUACAUCUCCGUGCCCAAGGAGAACAGCACGCUGAACUGUGCCAGCUUCACAGCGGGCAUCGUGGAGGCUGUGCUCACGCACAGCGGCUUCCCCGCCAAAGUUACAGCGCACUGGCACAAGGGGACCACACUCAUGAUCAAGUUUGAAGAGGCUGUUAUUGCCCGAGAUCGGGCCCUGGAGGGACGCUGACCCCACGGGACAUAAAGGUUGAGCAGAUCCCGUUUCCAAGUUUGUGUUGUGUGUUGUGUAGGGGCGUCAGAUCUGCCCAUAUCCUGAUCCUGGUCCCCAGUCCCAGACUGAGGGAGUCGGAAGGCAAAGUUGUCAGGCAUAGGCGGAGAGUAAGGAACCGGACAUUGGGCUCACUUGGCCUGUGGCUUUCAGAUAAGGUUGGAGGCUUGAAUGUACUGGGGAAAUUGGACACCUAUGGAAUUGUCAGUGGAGCCUGCAGUCUGGAGGGGCAGGGAUAUGAGGCUAAGAGGAACCAGGGCCUGGCAAAAUGCCAGCGCCAUAGCCUAGUUUGUAGGGUGCCCUGGGUUUGAUUCCUUACGCCACAUAAAAUGGGCAUAGUGGUGCAGAUUGUCUCAUCCCAGCACUAGGAAGGUAGAGGGAGAAAGAUCCUAAGUUCAAGGCCAUCCUCUGCUAAGCAAGUUUGAGAUCAGUGGUGGGAGCAGAGGAUUCUUUCUUAAACAAGUGGGAGGCAGGGGUACUCUUCCCUCAAAGCUCAGUUUUCCUCAAAUCUCCAUUUGUUCUUAAAAAAAAAAAAAAAAACUCCAAAAGUCAGAUAGUAAAGGAGGGCGUGGCUGUGUCUAAAACCAUCUAUGUGGUUACUCUCCCUUUAGACGUUUGUACUCAGAGUGGCUUGUGCACCGUCAGCAUCAGCACCAGCACCGACAUCAGGGUCAGCAUCGUUGUCCCACGUCCAGAAUCACUGGUCCACCCCUAGGCUCCCUGGACCACAAGUUUGCCUUCCAGCCCCAUUCUCAGAGGUUUCCCCAGGGCCCUUAUUUUGAGAAACGGUACUCCAGGGCGUCAGAGUCACCCCAAGGACUUAAAAACUCAGGUGGUUUCAGAACAAAACAGAAGUGCAGGUCUUAUACCCCUACAGUCAGAUUCCGCAGUUUUGGGUGUUCUUAAGAAUUUGUUUCUGGUACAUUCUAGAGAGCUGCUGGGUGCCUCAGGGAUCACAGUGAGAGAACAGUGUUGCACCAGCCUCUCAUCUGGAAACUUUAGAGGGUUUUAAGGUUAAUAUUUAAACAAUUUAUUCCGAGACAGGUUUCUGCAGGCACGGGCUGGCUUCAACCUUGCUUGUGUUUAAGGAUGACUAUGAAGUCCCACCCUUCUGACUCUGCCUGAGAUGGAGAGCUUAACUUAGUGGGGCUCACCACAUUUCCUCUUUUAAGCAGAGUCUGAAUCAUGUUUUCCUGGCUGUCCUGGACUCGCUGUGUAGACCAGGCUGGCCUCACACUCAGGUCUACUUCCCUAGUGCUGAGAUUAAAGUUAAGCACCACCA